AUUUAUUCAGAUCCGGAACCAGAAUUUCUACAUCCCUUAAAAACAUAGUAAGGACUUGACAAGACCGGAAACUAUUUGGAUUUUGGGGCACAAUGGCCGACGGCUUCAAGAAGUAUUUUAAUGGAACAACACUCAACGGACGUGCGAAUGUGGCAAAGGCGACAUACGCGACCUUGGCGGUGUUCUAUUUGCUGUACCGAGUGCGACGCAGCAAGGGAUCCCCCAAAGAUGGUGACUCACUCGAAGUGAAGGAUCAGGAGCAAUGCAGUUGCGAUGCCGAGAAGCCCGAUCAUCCGCUUGGCUAUUGUGAUCCUCCGCCAGCGGCAGCAGCGCCGCCAGCAGCGCCGUCGUCACCCGAAAAGGAUUGUGCCGUGUGCCGGGAUCGGUCCGAGCGUCGUGCCGCCCGAGCCGAAGGCUGCAGUGAUGAGCCACCACCGCCACCGCCGCCAUCAUCAGCAGCAACGUCGCCGCCGCCGUCGCGUCGCAAGUGUCCUUGCGAGGAUCCACAUCGCCAUAUUGAGACGCCCAAGCAGAUGCGACAGGAUCAGCUGAGAGCCCACCAGACGGCGGAGGAUCAGGUGCAUCCUGCCCGCGAAAUCAUUGGACAUAUGCAGGAGGCAGCGUCGCGGGUUUUACGCAAUGUCAUUGGUGCCGUUUUGGGUGAUUCUCAAUCCUCCAGCAUUGAUAACGCCUCCUCAGCCUCAGCCUCCUCCUCCCUCUCCCCCUCGGCCGCUCCCUCCGUCAUCUAUGAGAGCGAGGAGGCCUGCCACGCCCAUGUGUCCGCCUCUGCUGCCGCCGCUGUGGAAGCUCUGGAGUCCGUUGAUCAAUUGGAGGACGAUGGCAGCGAUUAUGGAGCGGAUAAUCAGCUCCUGAAUCGCCAAAGACGCACUGCACCGCGAUCCUGUGUGCCCACUACCAAUAUCAACGGUGAUCCCGAAUUGCCUGCAGACCUGGAGGAGUCACUGCCAGAGUCACGGUGUCACUCACAGUCGCAGUCACAGUCACAAUCGCAGUCGCAGUCACAGUCACGUUUUCGCGGCUUUGACGAUGACUUUGCCUCGGAAAUGUUUUUCGAGGACUUUGAAGAGUGACCAGACCUGACCUGACCUGACUUGGAUUGAGAAUAUAGUUGCUUUAUAUAGUUGCCGGUGUCAAGUUGAGGGAUAUAUCUAAAUUUUCAGUUAACACAAUAGCAUAUUGAAUAAACAUACAAUAGCUGCUA